GGGUGUGGAUGUUGCUGCCUCUUGUUGCACCGUCAUGCAGCCUCCUGCCUUGUCCCGCCCCUAGUGUUCCUGCACUGUAUUACCUCCGUCAUCGAGCUUCUCUUCUUGCUAGUGACUUGGGGAUCAACAGUCCGCACUCGCCGCUACGUCGGGAAAAAAGACUGUUGAUGUUGAAGCCGAAGAUCGUUUAUUAGGCUGGUGGGAUUAAAACUUAAAGAGACGGCAGAGUUGGAGGGAACCUCUGCGGAAGGUUAGUUGGAGGAAACACCGACCGGGACCAACCUGCCUGGCAAGUCUUUUUUUCUCUAGUUUGUUUUUAUCACUCUGCGAGUCUGAAAUGGGAACGUUUUGCAUCAUCCCUGAUGUUGGGAGAUGUGACUUCUGAUGCUCACAUGCUGCUACGGACGCUUAUGAUAUAUAGUAACACUGGUAAACGAUUGCCAAAUAGAAAAUAAAAGAAAUUCGAAUGAAGAGAAAAAAUAUUGGGGGAGAUUUCAACGCAGCGAGAAGAACAAACCCUCGACAGGAUGAAGACGUUUAAAGACUUUUUUCUUCAUUCUUACGAUUUGAAUGACGAGCCUUCGUGGUCAGGAGAGUCACGGAGGACUGACACGGAGACUCCUAUACCUCCACGGAGACAUGAGUCUCGUACUCGAGGCAGGAGUGCAGAGAGAAUUCAAGUGGAGGAGGAUACGCUGAGUGUGACCUCUGCCAAGAGUACCAGGAACUCCAGCUCCAAUGACAGGAGUGAUACCAGAGGACGGAAGACUGUUUGUUCCUUGGAUGGUGGAGAUGGGGUGUUUACCCUGGCAUCGGGGAGCGCUGCCCCCACCACCCCCCACAACGAGUUUACUCCUUACGGCUAUGUCUCCAGACCCGGCUCCACCCCUCUCAGCUACAGCUUGUGGGGUUCGAACGCGUCCACUACGAGUUCUGAGGAGUCCUACCGACGUCACUUUAGCCGAAGUCUGUGCCGGGUGGUGUUCGGCUGCGCUGUGCUACUAGUGAUCCUAGCUGUCCUGGGCAUCGUGGGCAUAGCAGUGUACCUAGGAGUGUUAACAAACGAAGAUGAGGGAUCCAAGUUUGAGGUUCGUUAUGCUGGAGAGCUGCGGGUGACCCAGGGAGACUCGUGGAUUCCAGACUUAGUCGUGGUUGAGUCCCCGGCAUUCAAGGCUAAGGCCACUAAGUAUGAGAAGAUGCUUCAGACAGUGUAUGAGAAGAGUUUCCUGAAGGGGUCACUGCGGAAGGCGAAGGUGGUUCGCUUCAUCAAGAACCCAGCCAGUAGUAGGGGUCUAAUUAUUCACUUCAGACUGGCACUAGACCGCCGAAAGUUGCCCAGUCAUGUGGACAACACAGAGCUGGCUGUACAGGACGUGCUGCUGCAGGAACUCAUGAGUCUAGAGCCUAUAGCUUUCCACAAUGUUGCUGUUGAUAUAGAUUCUCUACACCUAGCGAGAGAGACAGAGUCUGUAGGAGUGGAGGUGGGGACAGUGCCCCCCACUCCCCAGCCCCGAGAAGAUGACGUACAGGUCAUUAAAGUGGAAGGGACGCAAGAAGCACCAGGUGGAGCCAUCAUGAUUCGCAAACCCUCAGGCUCACCCACCAGGAAGCAAGAGGAACUGCCGCAACAGGAGGUGGAAGAGGCAGUGAGCAGCACAGUGGCUAACCUCAUUUACCAGUUUGGUCCUUGGCGGCCCAUUGAUCCAUUCAACGUGUUCAGACCAUCACCGACUGCUCCUCCUUCUGCUGCUCCAUCCCAUCACAAUCCCUCGGAGCGAGACUAUGCACGCCCUUUCUUCAGCCCAACUCUUACACCUUCACAACAUCCAGGAUUGACCCCCAAACCUACAAUUAAUAUCGAUAUUGUCACAGACCCCACAUUGACGUCUCCUAAGCCAACAACAACGACAACCUUCCCCACCAUGACUACUGCCCUUCCCACCUCUACAACAACAACAGCAACAACAUCUAUUAUCACCACAACUACAUCAUCAACGCCUUCACCAACAACAACAUUGCCUUCACAUUUCAUUGAGCGUGUUGGUAUGGCUGCAGAAGGCUUUACUGCUGCAGAUGACAGAAUGAUCACAACUAAAAGAAAUCCCUCAAAAGAUGAUCUGCAGGCAUUCUUGGCAGACUUGCUUUUCUUUACAACACCUCGACCUCAGUCACCUACCAGAGUGUCUCGACCUCAACUCCACCUACCUCAUCGUGUUCACUCACCAUCUAUGUCGACCUUCAGCAGUAGUCAAGGACAACCUCAACAUCAAGACAGCAAGGCUGCAAACACUGAAAACAGACUGAUGACCUUUCCGAACAUUCUAGAUCACAACAGAAGACACCCGCCACACACCAUGUCUCAUUCGCCAUCUAGCAGCAACACAGGAACCACCAUUCCCAUGCACACUCCUGGAGUUCCUAAAGUGACUUCCUACUCUGGUGUCAGAGAACCUUUGCCACCCAGACCACCACCUGCAAUCCGAUUCCCUCAAGAUAAGUUCAGGUUCCCAAGUUCCUCAUCCUUGGCCACUACAACAUCGGCAGGAACGACAGCCUUCAGUAUCUUUGACUUCCUCACCACCCGGAAGCCUCUCAUACUUAAUACAGAGCUUGUAACAUCCACCAGUAUGGAUAUAGAUUAUGGAUCAGCAAACCAGCAUGGACCUCACUACCAAAAGAAAAUAACAACCCACUCUGAUCCUGUUUAUGUUCCAUCUAGUAGUAGCUCACUUGCACCUGUUUAUAGACCUGAUGCCCCAGUUAAUAUUUACAACAGUAAUUAUGGCUCCUCUGACCAAUAUGGCCCUAUUUAUUAUCCAAAAGAGUCAUCAUCUAUGAGAGACUUUGCUGAAGAUAAAGAUUAUGUCACUGUUCCAGUGAUCUCAGGUAACCAUGUGAGAUACAUGAUGGUAAAUAAAACUCGCUCGAACUACCCUAAUGUAGUGAUUGUCAACCUGCAAACAACUCCGGAGGAAGACCUCACUACACCCAUGACGCCCAUACGUGGAGACUCUCGUAGACUUAACACCAAGUUUCUUGAAGAUGCAUUUAAAGCUGUUUUACAGAGUUCUAACUAUCGUGUUGUAGAUGGAGCAGCACCUGCUGAUGACUUCCAGCAUGGCUUCUCCAACAGACAAGGCAAACCUAUUGAUCUGGAUGUUCCAGACUCACCGGCUCCACUUGUUGAUAGUGAUACUAAUGAGUCGAUAUCUCUUUGGUCUUUCUUGAGAAACCUUAGUCAGGUUUACCUCUCAGACCCUGCAAUUAUAAAUCAACUUCAUUAUUUUGAAAAAGCUGCAUUGGAAGCUGUAAAUGAACAGAAAACAAUUACAGAAACACCGCUACAACAACAUUCAUCAACUUUAGAAACAACUACGUCAUCACCUCCAAUGAUGCCUUUCUUUCAGCUUCUUCAAGAAUCAACUGCCCACAGCAAUACAUCCUUGACUCCAUAUUUAAGAAAUUCUAAUGUUGUAGCAAAUCAUCCUUCUGAAUAUUCUUAUAUUCCUUUGCAUGGGGAAGCUCCUCAAUGGCAUCCCAGUGAGUUUUCUCCAAAGAUGGGCACUGUCCUAAGAAAUAAUCCAGAACCUGUGGUUCUGGAUAACAUAUUUUUUCAGCCUUCUGUAUCUGGUAAUUCGAAGUCCUCAUCUCACCCAUUUCAUCCUCAAACAUCUUCACCAUAUACAACUCUCUUCAUGACAGGUGUUGGAGGAAAGAGCUCUUCAAACCCUCAAAUUAUCAGUGUCUCCAGCAGAUCUCCUGUUUCCUCCUCUGGUUCUCCCACCACUAACUCCCCGAUUCACACCUUCGUAUUAAAGGAUGGACAGUCAUUAGAAGAGCUUCUACAGGAAAUAUUUGAUACCAUAUCUUUAGAGGAAGAAAAUGAGACUCAUCCUUCCACUGUUGAACCAGAUUCAGAUAUUGAAACUACAACAUCUGAGUUAGAGACCACUUACCAGACAACUCACACUGCCGAGAGUCGGAACAAUGUUUUGGAAUCUAUUAAUCAGAUUAUUUUCCAGUACCUCCAAGAAAUGGCCAAAACCUCUGAGAAUGAUGAUCAGAAUAAGACUCUAAAAUCCAUGACUUCCCCAUACACCACCACUCCUCUUGCUGAAGAAACCAGUAAACCAUUCACGAUUCUUGAAACUACAACACCAUCUACUGUGCCUGAAACCAUUGAAACCAUUACAACUAGCAAUGUUGCCAAACCUUCCACUGCUCACAAUUACAACCUUGAGCUCUUUCCUGUCAUGACACGUCCCAUGUCUCCAAUAAGAGCCACAACACCAGAACCAUAUGAAAUUCUAGACGAUGGUGAUAAUGAAAUCAAAACGACAGUCAUAGGCAGUGGAAUGAUGUCAUCAGUGGAAGAUAGAACAGAAACUUCUGUGGAUGUGUCAUACAGUGUUCACACUGGUACCACCGAAUAUAUAUUCAUCAAUAAUCAAACAGGUUCAGUGUGCCGGAACCCAUCACAGUUCCGGUGUGGGAGUGGUGAAUGUAUUGUCGAGUUCUCCCGCUGCAACCUGAUGCAGGACUGUCGUGAUAACUCAGAUGAGAUGAAUUGCACCUGCUCUGACUUCCUCAAGAGCAAGUUCCUCAACAGGAAAAUUUGUGAUGGCAUUGUUGAUUGCUGGGACCACUCUGAUGAGUCUAACUGUGACUGGUGCCAGCCUGGUCAGUUUAUCUGCUCUGGGUCGAGUCAGUGCAUCGAGCAGAGCCAGGUGUGUGACGGCACUACUGACUGUGAGAGUGGUGAUGACGAGAAGAUCUGUGUCACCCUUGCCCAAGACCUCAACUCUGCCAAUUCUCUUGAUUAUCACCAUGAAGGGUACCUGAUGGUCCGCAAAAAGGGGGUGUGGGGGAAGCUGUGUCUGGAGAAUUUUGAGCAGGUCACCUCUCAUGCUGACACAUCUUGGACCGUGUCUGACCUUGGCCAGGCUGUUUGUAAAACUCUAACCUUCAAUGACUUCACACGGGUGGAGAGGCAGAAAGACCAAACGCUUUUUACCCGCGCAGCACCUCGUCUUCCUGGCUAUCCAACCAACAUGGCACGGACCAGCUCCUCUCCAGACAUUGUAAUUUCUCCAACUUACUAUGAAAUUCACAUAACCAACUCACUCACACUGCCAUCCCGUGCUCGCUCACUGUCCCAGGGAGAGACUGUCACUGACUUGAGGCUGUCACUGGAGUUUGAGAAAACGAGCUGUCCAAAGAGAGAUGUGGUGAGGGUUACAUGCUCCAAUCUCCAGUGUGGCAUGAGGCCUCGUGCCAUCAGUCACCGCGCUAGGUAUUACAGAAGUGGGAGUCUGCGACAGCCACGGAUUGUGGGGGGCAACAACAGUGGACUGGGGUCUUGGCCAUGGCAUGCUGCCCUCUACAAGGAAGGUGAAUAUCAGUGUGGUGCCACACUUAUCAACCAUCAGUGGCUUGUUUCUGCUGGCCACUGCUUCUAUGGGGCUACCAACAACUAUUGGGUGGCACGGCUGGGAGCUCUGCGACGAGGCACAAAGUUCCCGUCACCCUACGAACAACUUGGACACAUCUCUCACAUCUUUAUACAUCCUGAAUACGAGGACACAGGCUUCAUCAACGAUAUAUCGCUGUUGCGAAUAGAGGAAUCCAUCAAGUUCACAGACUAUGUGCGUCCUGUGUGCCUUCCACCACCAGGAGCCCCUGUCCGCCAAGGUCGCCUCUGUACUCUUGUUGGCUGGGGACAACUCUUUGAAGUUGGGAAGAUAUUCCCUGACACUCUUCAGGAGGUGCAGGUGCCACUGAUCUCAACAUCAGAGUGCCGGAAAAGGACGGUAUUUAUCCCACUCUACCGCAUUACUGAUGACAUGUUCUGUGCUGGCUAUGAUCGUGGUGGCCGUGACGCAUGUCUCGGAGACUCAGGGGGACCUCUAGUUUGUCAAGAGCCUGAUGGAGGGUGGCAGCUGGUGGGGGUGACCAGCAAUGGGUAUGGAUGUGCCCGCCCACAUCGCCCAGGUGUCUAUACCAAGGUGGUCAAGUAUCUUGACUGGAUGAACCAGGUAAUGGAGCUGACGAAGAGUGAUCUGGUGGUCCCAGUGUCAGCCAAGUGUGACACCCACCGCUGCCCCCUUGGCCAGUGCCUCCCCCGCACUAACAUCUGCAAUGGUUUUGUUGAGUGCUCUGAUGGGUCUGAUGAAAGAAACUGUGACUAACUAGAAAUUGUGAUGCAAUUCACCACACCUUUGUAUCCCAUCCUGGCACAAUCAAGAUAGGGUUUUGAGUGCAUUUUAAGGUAUUCUAAUCAUGUGACAUCACUGUUUGGCAUAAUGUUAUAUGCUUAUGCAGACUUAUUAAACAGUGUGUUUUCACAUGAUGGCAUGGUCUUACCUCAGUGUGUAAUUUUCAUCAUAUGAAAUUAUUAUACUCAGUGAUGUGCCUUGUUUGAUCUUCCAAGUGAGGAUGUGUGUCUUGGCCAGUACCACCCUUAGAUAUCCAGCUGCUAGUUGACUAUAAUUGUCAUCAGAUAAAGACCAUAUUAAAGAAAAGCUUUGUAUCUAUAAUACCAAAUAUUAGCCCACCAUCUAUGGAGCUUUGUUAAAGAAAAUAUAAUCUGAGAUUUUUUUUAUGAAAGUGUCAUGUAGUGAAGUGAGCCAUCCCACAAUACAGUACCUGAAAGAAACUCAAAUAUUCACGAAAAAAGAAUCAAAAUCUACUGCUAAAAAAGUUUUAUGCAAAAUAAGCUUAAGCUCUUUGUAUUCAUUGGCUGCAGCAACAGGAAAAAUAAAUUCUUUGGAAAUUUCUCAUCACAAGACAUUCAUUUGUAUAAUAAGUUGCAAGUUAUCAAGAUUGGACAUUUGACCAUACUUCUCAUAUCAAGCAACAAAUUAUUGUGAUUAAUGGGCAUUACAUUGUGGUAGUGUAGAAGACUCACAAUCUAAAGUAUCUUUUGUAACAUUCCACAUAAGUUUUAAAACCAUAUUUCUUACAAAGAGUUCAGCAGUCAUGCAUAUUUAAGUUUUAUGCAACCAGUGUCACAUCUUACUUGAAAUAAUAUAUAGUAGCUGAGUAGAGAAUGUAUGAACCAAGCCUUAUACUACCGCAGGAAUGAGGAAUAUGAGGGGAUACGAUUGACAUUCUGUACAUAAUACAUGGGCACAGACAGGGUAGACAAUGAUAGGUUCUUUAUAAAGGAUGCAACUAAAAUGAAAGGGCACAUUUAAAAUUUACACAUUCAAAUAAGCCACAGGGAUAUCAGUAAAUAUUUAUUUGAUGUAAGAGUGGUAACGAAGUAUGUAACUAUUAAUAUAUUCAUGAAAAGUGUUAAAGCUGUAAGAGCCAUUCAGCCCUGCACAACAGAUGUGAAAGAAAUGGUCGAGGGGAAAGGAGAGGUCCUUAAAAGGACAUCAGACAAAAAUGGAGGUGGGUCACAGAUUGUGUAGCAUAUUGUUACAGUUAAGAAAUCAUAGAGUGAGUCUGCAUUAAAGGUGGGAUUUUCAGAAAAGAGGGCACAAAAAGUUAGCAUGUCAGGGUGUUGAAGGAAAAAUUAUAAAUAAAAAAUUUGAAGGUGAUAUGUUCUAUGACAGAUGGAGAAAUCCAUCAGCAGAUGUUGAAUUGUCAGGAUGACCUGAUAAUCAUGAAGUUCAAGUGUAAGAUAAGAUAAGAUUUCAUUCAGAUUUUUAACCCCAGAGGGUUAGCCACCCAGGAUAACCCAAGAAAGGCAGUACGUCAUCGACGACUGUCUGUCUUAUUUCCAUUGGGGUCCUCAAUCUUGUCCCCCAGGAUGCGACCCACACCAGUCGACUAACACCCAGGUACCUAUUUGCUGCUAGGUGAACAGGGCAACAGGUGUAAGGAAACUUGUCUAAAUGUUUCUACCCUGCUGGGAAUCGAACCCGGGCCCUCCGUGUGUGAAGCGAGAGCUUUGCCAGCCAGGUACUGAACUGAGCAGUGACACAGUUAAAAUAGAUUUCAUAUUGGGGGUUCAAAAAUAAAUUUCAUCAGUUUUAUGUAAGUCUGUUGAAAUUAAGAGGUGGAGCCGAGCUAGAGCUUUCUCCUCUGGCAAAUGUAAGUUUUUUUUUUUUUUUCAGCAAGUCGGCCAUCUCCCACCAAGGCAGGGUGACCCAAAAAGAAAGAAAAUCCCCAAAAAGAAAAUACUUUCAUCAUCAUUCAACACUUUCACCACACUCACACAUAAUCACUGUUUUUGCAGAGGUGCUCAGAAUACAACAGUUUAGAAGCAUAUACAUAUAAAGAUACACAACAUAUCCCUCCAAACUGCCAACAUCCCAAACCCCUCCUUUAAAGUGCAGGCAUUGUACUUCCCAUUUCCAGGACUCAAGUCCGGUUAUAUAAAAAUAACCGGUUUCCCUGAAUCCCUUCACUAAAUAUUACCCUACUCACACUCCAAAAGAUCAUCAGGUCCCAAAUACCAUUCAUCUCCAUUUACUCCUAUCGAGCACGCUCACGCACGCCUGCUGGAAGUCCAAGCCCCUUGCCCACAAAACCUCCCUUACCCCUUCCUUCCAACCUUUUCGAGGACGACCCCUACCCUGCCUUCCUUCUCCUACAGAUUUAAAUGCUCUCCAUGUCAUUCUACUUUGAUCCAUUCUCUCUAAAUGACCAAACCACCUCAACAACCCCUCUUCAGCCCUCUGACUAAUACUUUUAUUAACUCCACACCUUCUCCUAAUUUCCACACUCCGAAUUUUCUGCAUAAUAUUUACACCACACAUUGCCCUUAGACAGGACAUCUCCACUGCCUCCAACCACCUCCUCGCUGCUGCAUUCACAACCCAAGCUUCACACCCAUAUAAGAGUGUUGGUACUACUAUACUUUCAUACAUUCCCUUCUUUGCCUCCAUAGAUAACGUUUUUUGACUUCACGUAUACCUCAAUCUCCAUGGGGAAGUGGAACAGAAUUCUUCCUCCGUAAGCCAUGCGUGUUGUAGGAGGCAACUAAAAUGCCGGGAGCAAGGGGCUAGUAACCUCUUCUCCUGUAUAUAUUACUAAAUGUAAAAGGAGAAACUUUCGUUUUUCCUUUCGGGCCACCCCGCUUCGGUGGGAUACGGCCGGUGUGUUGAAAGAAGAAAGUAUACCUCAA